CACGACAGACUGUGAACCGCUCCGUUUAUUAAUAAUUCACCAGCCCUCCGCUUCUCCGGCCGCGAUCCACUGCUGCGCCUCCGCGCGCUCUGGACCACCACUUUAUUACACUUUAACAGCCGUUAACUCCAACUAUUUAAUACACUCGUCAUAUGUACCGGGAUUAGCGUAUACAUAUGCGCGUUCUCGUGAAGUCGCCUGGCAUAGUGGUAUGAUCAAGUAUCACCUCUCUCCCAAACUUGCAACAUCCAUGGUGCCAGAUCUGGUACUAGUUGUUGUCUCCUUUUUUAUCUCGAGUAAAUAUGGGCAUUGAAGAAAAAGUGAAGAAGAACCAAAGGGAAUUCCAUUUUUGUAUUGUUAUUUAUUAGGAGGACCAGAGGAUGAAGAUAACACAGAGUUCCAUUGAGGCACACAGAAGCAACAGCUGAUUUGUGAGCGCGUAAGUAGAGUCUACUUUACUGCUGGUUCCUUGCAAAGAGAGACCUCUGCUCUGUUACUUGGGAGCUGACGAGACGCUAGCAUCGUGCACGGAUUUGCCUCACUGGGUAUUCGGUGAACAGAGCGGACGGAAGGGAUGGCGCACUGACAGGCGACCAGAGCAAGUCCUCACAGCCCCGACAACCGCCGCCUGUGUUUUCAUGGAAGUCCCACGCGUGAAUAGCGGACAUAAACACCCCGAAUGAACCCGGGAAGUGGUUGACUUGGAUAAACCGUCUCCCUUCACUUUCCCUGUUGGAGGAGAACAGUAAAACUACAAUUUAAAAAAUGUUCGCCAGGCCACAGGCCGUCCCGUAUUAGGGUUAUUUUGCUUCCGGUAUCAGAAGAAACGAGUCGUUUUCUCUCUCCCACACUUUUUUUGGAAGCUGAACUUUUUUAGAGUUGAAAAUGGGUAUUUGAGACUGUUGGCACAUUUCCCUGCUCCACAAUGGCCACCGAAACCUUUCUGGUGAAUGAAGACCCCUCCAGAGGUCCUGGGAUGCCUGAAUGCUUUGUAGUAUCAGAUUCCUACAGGUAUUGCACUACUCACCUUCUAAACAAUCCAUUAGUGGAUGAAUUUCAUCCCUUCAUCGAGGCCCUUCUCCCCCAUGUCCGUGCCUUCUCCUACACCUGGUUCAACCUGCAGGCACGCAAACGCAAGUACUUCAAGAAGCACGAGAAAAGGAUGACAAAGGAUGAAGAACGCGCAGUGAAGGACGAGCUGCUGGGUGAGAAGCCCGAGAUCAAGCAGAAGUGGGCGUCGCGGCUGUUGGCCAAGCUCCGAAAGGACAUCCGGCCCGAGUUUCGUGAGGACUUUGUGCUCACCAUCACAGGCAAGAAGCCCCCCUGUUGUGUUCUAUCCAACCCCGACCAGAAGGGCAAGAUCCGCCGUAUCGACUGUCUCCGCCAGGCCGACAAGGUGUGGCGGCUGGACCUGGUGAUGGUCAUCCUGUUCAAGGGCAGCCCCCUGGAGAGCACGGAUGGAGAGCGGCUGGUCAAGUCGCCCCAGUGCUCCAACCACGGCCUGUGCGUCCAGCCCCACCACAUCGGCGUGUCCGUCAAGGAGCUCGACCUCUAUCUGGCCUACUUUGUCCACUCACCAGAAUCCGGACAAUCAGACAGCUCAAACCAGCAAGGAGACACAGACAUCAAGCCACCGCCCAAUGGGCAUUUGAGUUUCCAGGACUGCUUUGUGACUUCAGGGGUGUGGAACGUGGCCGAGCUGGUCCGAGUGUCACAGACUCCAGUGGCCACAGCGUCCGGCCCCAACUUCUCCCUGGCCGACCUGGAGAGUCCUGGCUACUACAAUAUCAACCAGGUGGCCCUGGGACGCCGCUCCAUCACCUCCACCCCCUCCACCAGGACUGAAAUGGAGCUUUAUGCAAGUCUCCCACGGAGCUCCAACAAGCGCAAGUCCAUUGACGACAGUGAGAUGGAGAGCCCGGUGGACGAUGUCUUCUACUCGGGCCGCUCCCCUGCGGCCGGCAGCAGCUCCCAGUCCAGUGGCUGGCCCAACGAUGUGGACGCAGUGCAGCACCAUUUGGCCAGUGUGCAAGAGAGGAAGAUAAAGCAUGAAAACGAUGGCGUGCAGUUUCCUUAUCAUGGACUCUCCUCGCCUGGUUCUCUUAAGAAGCCGGGGAAAUUCGAUUUCAGCGCCCUGUCGCAGCAGACGAGGUCGCCUCGCAUGGCGUUCACCCACCACCCGCUGCCAAUGCUGGCGGGAGUGAGACCAGGGAGCCCCCGUGCCUCAGCCUCUGCCCUGCACUUUCCCUCCCCCUCCAUCAUCCAGCAGUCCAGCCCGUACUUCACCCACCCCACCAUUCGCUACCACCACCAUCCUGGACAGGACCCCCUGAAGGAAUUUGUGCAGUUUGUCUGCGCUGAUGGUUCGGGACAGUCUGGCGGCCAGCCAAACGGGAGCGGCCAGAGCAAAAUGCCGGGCUCCUUCUUGCUGCCUCCACCUCCCCCAGUGGCCCGCCCAGUGCCCCUCCCCAUGUCCGACUCUAAAUCCAGCAGCACGCCUCCCGACGGCGGACUGACCUCGCCCACAUCUCCGUCUUACUCCACGUCAGGGGCCCCAGCUCCCAACAGGUUUGUCAGCAUCGGAUCACGGGACAACAACUUUCUGAACAUCCCGCAGCAGACACAGUCUUGGUUCCUCUGACAUGACCUGUCUGCAAACCAGCGUUUAGAAUCUUUCUUUACAAUUGGGAAUUGAAACAUGGAAAACAGAAAAAUAACCCACGGGAAAUUGCCCAACAAUCCUUAUGUCUCACAUAAAAAGUAAAGCAACCCAGGAAAUCUUAGCAUGAUACUAGUAGAGGAACUCUGGACCCGAUCACCUAAACAGAAGGACCCCCCCCCCCCACCCCCCACCCAUUUUUAAGACGGGAGGAUCAUAGAAUUUGGGAGAGGCAGAGGACAAGUCAUCAUCUCUCAAAACCACCGAACCAGCAAAACAAGGCAACACAAAAAGAGGAACCUGAAGAGAAAAAAGGUCACCUUCUACUUCGGAACAAGGACACAUUGUGCAAUGGCUGGGAAAAGCAACUGUUCAACAGUCAGGAAAACUGAUGUAGGAGUGGGGAUUGAAAUUGACGGGAACAUCCAAUCACUCUCGAAGGCACAAAACACGCCAUCAUUUAAAUGAGGUACACUCCCCACUGUCAAAUCACCCACAAAACACGCCAUCAUUUAAAUGAGGUACACUCCCCACUGUCAAAUCACCCACAAAACACGCCAUCAUUUAAAUGAGGUACACUCCCCACUGUCAAAUCACCCACAAAACACGCCAUCAUUUAAAUGAGGUACACUCCCCACUGUCAAAUCACCCACAAAACAAACCCAUUAGGUUCCAGUGAAAUAUGUAGCAGUCUAUGCUACUGUGAUGUCUCCCUGUCACUCAACACACUGUCAAUUGACCAAUAUUUCCCAGUCUUAUAACCAUUGACCUAAUCAGCCCCACUACUAACAAGACAGAAACCAUGCCAAAACAUAUCCUAAAGGUUGCACUACAAGCUGAAUUGACACAAAUCUCAUGUCCACUAUUACACCUACAUGGCGUGGGGGAAAACAGGCUUACCUAUGAUUGUAUUGUUAUUAUUAGUGAAAGAGAAAAAAACAUAUGAAAAGUCUCAGCCUACAGUUCAGCAACACAAGGCCUCCACUCUAACCAGCAUCCCAGCAGAAGAACCCAAACCCAAGUAAAGCAAAAUGCAAUUGCCCAGUUCACUCUUGCAAAACUACAACUGCGACAAUAAUCAAGUGCUAAGUAUACCCACUUUCAUUUGAAUGAUGAAUGCCAUUUGUAACACACAUAUACACACACACACACACCGGGCCCAAGUGGUGUUAUUACGUCUAGAACACAUGCUAUUCACACGUUUCCAGUACACUCUUUUUGCCCCUUGUUGUAGACACAGAACCCAACACACAUACUUAGUUAAAAAUACAGGUGUCUGCUUUAACACCCAGAACUACACAGCUGUAGUAGUAAUAUUCCCUUUUGCACAGAAUUGUUUUAUUUUUUGUUUCUUCUCUUAUUGGACUUGUCCUUCUGAAUUUGUUCGCUUUAAAAAAUGUGUUUGAAUGACAGCACCUUAUUGAGAAAUACAGCGGGUGGGAGCGAGACUUCGAGUGGUAUUGCCAGGAAGGGUGAUUCUGUCAGUGUUCAGUACCAUGUAGUGAAACAGUGACAUUAGGUUGCUGAGGGCCCAAAGUCCACCUCCCUCCCAUCUCCCUGAAGUUGACCCUUUUUGUUUACACUCCCAGACUGCCCCUGUUCCAAGAACAGAGAGCCACGCUGCGGAGCAAAAUGAUGUGACAUGUUUGUUCCCAUGUUUGGGGAGGAGAGCCUGGGUUGAAGUCAGAGGCCAUAUUGAGAUGGUCUGGCAGGGUGCUAUGGUCGCCUCUUUUCCCUGACACGAUCUCAGCUCCCCAUCCUAUCCAGCCUGUUCGUUCUGUUCAAUCAGCCCUUAUAGAUCAAACUGCCCUAAAGAUACCUUACCAGCCAAAAGUUCAACCUUUUGAAAUCAAGAGGGACAAAUUAAAUGAACACACUUAGCACAGCGCCACUUGACAAACUCACACACUCACAUGCAAACUUACAGUAUAAGUAGCAGUUACAACCUCCCAGCCCAGACCAGAUUGACUGUAAAGGGAAGUCUUAACAUAGGGAAAUCUCUGAGGAAACCUUUUGUUUUUAAUCAUUCACUUUUUAUUUGAAUUCCUAACAUUACUAAGAUUCAGUUCAACAUCAGCUCAAAUCACCAACCUCACAAAAUAACUGGACUGCCUGGUCAUGUACUUCACUGCAGGGAAACAAUGUUGCCAGACGGCAACCAUCUCAUCAGCUUGAUAGAGAACUAGCACUGCUGAAUAAGAAUUAUGAUGGCUAUGGUGAUUUCUUUUCUAAUCUAUGGAAGUGCCUCUGUAUUCCCAUUAUGCAAUUUGUUAAACAUGAAUUCAGGUUAUUUUUCUCACAUAUAAGCUAAUAGUGAAUGGUGGUGAAAUGCUAUGUCUGGGGAGAAAAACAGUGACAGCUCACUGAAUAAUUGCAAUCAUCUUUAUAUAUACACACAUAUAUAUUUAUAGAUAUACAUUUUUUUAUUUGCAAAAUAAGCUCUGUGGCAGUCUAGUUAUUUUUUGAAGCAUGGCACAGUCAAUUGAUGCAUCUUAAAUAUCUGAUUAGAGCAAAAGUACCAGUCCCUACACCCACACCUACAUCUAAUAGCAAAACGUUUCCAUGGCAAAUACUAUAGAUACAUGAUUUAUAUAGCAAACAAUAAAGUGACAUUGUAGUCAAGGAAAAUAACAGAUUAGAUUUUGGUUAUUCUUUCUUGUUUGGGAAGUAUUGUUGAAAAAAAUGUAUGUAUGUUGAUUGAGCCAUGUGCAAUGCCUUGGGUAGAUAAAUUGUGUUUGUCUGUUAGAGAUUGUUUGAGGGUGUCACGAGAAAAGAGAGGCUAAACCCUCUAUUUUUUUGUUUUAAGUCCACUAGCUCCGGGACUCUAAACACGAGGGCAGACAAAAAAAAUCCCAGUCUUUGUAAAUUGAAAAUGAGUUUUUUUCUUUUUUUCUUAUUCCUUUAAAAAAAUGUAUUUGUAAUGAUUUGUUUUCUAAAUCUGGGAGGGCUGAAGGAACAAUUUAGCAAAACAAAAAUAUAUAUCAUUAAAUGAAACUGGUGCUUUUUACGAAAUAAAGUACAUUCAAACUCUAUUAUACAUAAAUAGUAAUAAACAAAAUUAAGUGUUAUCAUAAAGCACAUUUUAGGAAACAUGCAUUAUUCUAUUUCUCUUUUUGUAUUUACCAAGGGGGGAGGGGUUCAUUAUAUGAAAAGGUUGUGACAAAAGGCAUUUUUCUUCAACCUUUAUCCCAGAGCAGGAAGAGGACUGUUCUGUUUAGUUUGAUUAGAUGGUUGUCCUGACAAUGGGAUGAUGAACUAGUGGAAAAGGCCUGACGUAAUGGACAUCUGGGCCUUGUCAGUAUCACCAGAGAACUGACUAAAACAUGACCUAUUUAACAGAUGAAUUGCAACUUGCAUCCAAUUUUCUAAACUGUGGACAUGUUUAAAACUGGCCAACCAAAGUAAUCAAGUUUGGGACACAGACAAGAUCUUCCCCAUUUUGGGAGAUGCAUCAGAUAUGGAAUCCAUUUUUCUAAGUGUUAGCUCAACCACAAAGUGAUUAACAGCGUUUGGAGAGAUGGGAGGUGUAAUGUGAAAUACAUUUUGGUAGGUUUAGUUGAUUAGUAGACUCCUAUCUCAAACCCAAACAAGAGGUGAGGGAGUAUAAGGUGUAUUUUGAGCACAGAAAGGAUGAGAACAGGUUUAAAUCGAAGAAGUGAACCCUUCCCCCUUCCACUCCCAAUCCGCAGUGUAAAUUAUUCUAAAUAUUUGUUUGGUGAUGUAGUGUUAGAAUCAGAGCAUCUUAAAGGUUGUCCCUAAAAAGUGCCUUUUGUUCACAGACUCCAUCUUGUAAUCCCGAGUGCCCGUCUCAAAAAAGUCCCCUCCUUCAUAUUUCUUCUAUAUCCUCUCCUUCAAGCUUUUCAAAGCAGUAUAUAUAGUACUAAAGGAAAUUGGUGUGAUUUAGUUAUUUUUAUUGUUGAAUAAUUAAGAAAAGCACAAAAAAAAAAUCUGUCUUGCUUGUCUUCCUGUAUCUUGUCUUCUGUCUCUCUUGGACACUGGAGUAGUCUGUAGCUGCGUUACCCUCCUUAUCCCUCCCCAAACCCCUUUUCUCUGAAUGGAGGGGUAAAAAAAAGCAAAACUUUGUCUGAGCAGAAUGCAGUUAGCUCACAUGUUAUUCUUGUCUGUAUGCUUCACAUUGUAUACCAUACCGAUCUCUUCAGCUUCUCCAUUGAACAGCUAAUGUAAGUGAACAAGUUACACCGGGUGGGCUCUUGGGGUGUGGCGAGGAGAGGGUCUGUGAGGGCGCCUAGUUUUUCACUGGGAUGUAUUUGAUAACAUAUCACAACGUGGAGAUAAAAUACACAUAGGAAUUUCCCUCUGAAUGUGCAAGGGAGCUGCAUGGCAACUGGGGUAGAAUAGGCAGGUUUUUAAUUCUUGUUUUUAUCAAACAUUUUUUUUUACAGAAUUUGGAUUGUCAUAUCUUAUACAGCAAUGCUACAUUGAGACCAUUUAAUGAUGCACCUUUCUAGUGGUUGUAUGAGACCAGCUAUUAAAACAAGUGAAAAAAGUACCUGAAAUGACUAAGCACCUUAUAUAACAGAAUGGUUUCAGCCCAGGUAGACUGGCAGGCUCAGAUCCACAAUCAAGAGAACCAUUACACCCAUUUACUAGAACCCUAAAUGAACAGUGAGAACAAUUACAGACUAAAGUCAUAUGGUUCUAUACACUAUGUGACACGUGGUACAGUUAAAGCACCUUGAAAUUCCACCAGCAAAAUCAAGAGUGGGCUUGAUAGAGGGCCAACUUGUUUCCUACAAGAAUAUGCACGUUUUUAUUGUAAGUGAUUGCAGCCAGCAGCAGUAUUAGCCUUGACAAGUAAAGCGCCAGUCGAGAAGCCAGAGUGACAGGUUUCAGUGUGUGCUUUGCUUGGGCAGAACGUUGGUCCCUACCUAUCUUGCCCUGUAGCACCAGAGAGCUGUCUCUCCCUGGCCCUCCAUUUUUUUUAUUUUCCUUUGGGUUUAUUUUUUAAAGUGUGUAGGGCCAUGUUUAGUAGAGUGGACCCCCAGCUGGCCUUGCCCCCACCCCCUAAGCUCCCACCGCACCCCUCAGUGCAGCUUCCCUCCCUCAGGAAUACACCUCCCAGAGCCCAUGGUGAAAUGCAUGUGUUAAUUACAGUUUCUUUUCCAUAAUAAUAAAAACAGUUUGAAAAGAGCAACACUUGAAUAAAAGGAUGUUCUUGACUGUAA